UAUGCUACAGAAACAGAGGACGGUCUGAAAAGCUAAAACUGAAACAGAAACUGUAUCACCCUGAUUCUGUUGGGUAUCGAAUUUGCAUCCGCAUGGCAUUGGGCAUUAGGCAUUAGGCAUUAGGCAUUGGGUUACUUCGGAAACUGUCUGGUUUUCAGCUCUUCAUUAGUUAGAGAAAAGAGUGGAUAUUUUUUAGUCUCUGUUUUGUUACCUCUGGGAAGUGGAAUUCCAAAGGAAAGGCCAAACAUGAGCUUUCAAGACGUUUCAAGUGGCGGUCGACACUCCUCAUCUUCAUCAUCCAUGGCGUCCAAGAGCCCCUCACAAGCGGUGGCAGCCGGUAUCUUCCAGAUCAGCACUGCCGUCGCUGCUUUCCGUCGCCUCGUGGAUGCCAUCGGCACCGCCAAGGACACUCCUGAUCACCGCCAAAAACUGCACAAUACCAGGCAAAGGAUUCUGCAACUAGUGAAGGAAACUUCCGCUAAGCUCAAGGCUUUGAGUGAAUCCGAUCAUGACCCUUCUGUCAAUCCAAGUAAGAAGAUUGAAGAUGCAAAGCUGGCUAGAGACUUUCAGACCACACUGCAAGAAUUUCAGAAAGUUCAGCAGCUGGCCUCUGAACGCGAGUCUACAUAUUCUCCUGCUGCUCCUCCACCCUCCUUGCCUACAAGCUCUGGCUCUGAUGAUUCUUGGGCACCUACUCUGCCUCAAGAGAAAAAACCUUUUCUUAUGGAACAGAGGAGACAGGAGGUAAUUUUGCUGGAUAAUGAAAUUGCCUUCAAUGAAGCCAUGAUUGAGGAAAGGGAACAAGGUAUCAGAGAAGUAGAGGAGCAAAUAGGACAAGUAAAUGAAAUAUUCAAGGACCUUGCUGUUCUUAUCCAUGAGCAGGGUGUGGUCAUUGAUGACAUUUCAUCAAACAUUGAUUCUUCCUCUGCUGCAACAACCCAGGCUAGAGUUCAACUAGCGAAGGCUUCCAAAAGUGUGAAAUCCCAAACCUCAUGGUGUUGGUGGGUGCUGGUAGUUUUUGUGUUGGUGCUGGUAAUCUUUCUUCUGGUUCUUAUCAUUUAGGGUCCAACUGCUUUACAAAGUAACGGCGUGCAAUACAGGACGUAUUUAUUCUGUUUUCUCUUGGUUGAUGUAAAUUUCAGGGUCCAUUUUUUCUUUCUUCUGUUUGGUUCAGUUUUGUGCUCAAGUUGAGCGAUUGAGAUUAAUAUUUGUGGUUUUGAUUGCUAUCUGAAAUGUUGAGGACUAUGAUAAGAAUACAUGGAAGCAAACUCUGAUUCAAAA